AUGUUGGAUGGGCUACUAGACCACUCACCCAUCCUUGGACAUUCGUCCCUGGGUAAAAGAUCAGUGGAGGGUCUGGCAAGACUACUGAGGAGACAUUCAAUGAUAAAGAGUUAUGCUCAUAGUGUUUGUCAGUUGUCUGAUAAGGAUAGAGAUUCUUGGCCUACUUCACGUUAUGGGUUCUGGAGUUCUUUUGGAUAUUGGUGUAAAUGUGGUUGUCGUGGUCUUUAUACUAGUAUUCCUAAACUGUUGACUUUUGAUAUGAGGACUACUUUGGCUCAUAAGGAUGAUCUAAAUUUUGUCAAUGGUACCCAUCCUAGGGAAACUCUUAAUGGACUUAAGACUGCUCCUUUUUCGCCCAUUCCAAAAGUAAAUGAGAUAAAGGCAUGCAUCUGUGAGCAGGGAAAAGUCUCUUUGGGAAGCACGAAGGGAGGAGCUACUAGUAUCAUUGGGGGUGGUGACACUGCGGCUUUGGCAGAACAGACUGGACGUGCCAAGUUCUUUAGUCACGUGUCCACUGGUGGUGGAGCCUCCCUGGAACUUCUCGAAGGAAAGGUGUUGCCUGGAGUCUCUUGUCUCACUCAAAAGUCCUAA